AAGAUGGCGGCGCUGGCAGAGGAGCAGACGGAGGUGGCGGUGAAGUUAGAGCCUGAGGGACCGCCGACGCUGCUACCUCCGCAGGCGGGAGACGGCGCUGGCGAGGGUGGCGGCGGCACAACCAACAGCGGCCCCAACGGCGGCGGCGGGAACGUUGCGGCGGCGUCGUCGGCCGGCGGGGAUGGUGGGACCCCCAAACCCUCGGUGGCUGUCUCCGCCGUUGCACCGGCGGGGGCGGCCCCGGUCCCCGCCGCUGCUCCGGAGGCCAGCGCUCCCCACGACCGACAGACUCUGCUCGCCGUGCUGCAGUUUUUACGUCAGAGCAACCUCCGCGAGGCCGAAGAAGCGCUGCGCCGUGAGGCCCGGCUGCUGGAGGAGGCAGUGGCGGGCUCCGGAGCCCCGGGAGAGGCAGACAGCGCCGGCGCUGAGACGGCUAGCGCGCUUCUUAGCCGGGUCACCGCCUCGGCGCCCGGCCCUUCGGCCCCGGAUCCUCCGGUCAGCGGCGCUUCGGGGUCCGCCGCCGUCUCGGGCUUAGCGACAGGAUCUGUGGCUCCGGGUAAAGUUGGAAGUGUAUCUGUGGAAGACCAGCCAGAUGUCAGUGCCGUGCUGUCAGCCUACAGCCAACAGGGAGACCCCACGAUGUAUGAAGAAUACUAUAGCGGACUGAAACACUUCAUUGAAUGUUCCUUGGACUGCCAUCGGGCAGAACUAUCCCAACUCUUUUAUCCCCUAUUUGUACACAUGUAUUUGGAACUAGUCUACAAUCAACAUGAGAAUGAAGCAAAAUCAUUCUUUGAGAAGUUCCAUGGAGAUCAGGAAUGUUAUUACCAGGAUGACCUACGAGUAUUAUCUAGUCUUACCAAAAAGGAACACAUGAAAGGGAAUGAGACCAUGUUGGAUUUUCGAACAAGUAAAUUUGUUCUGCGUAUUUCCCGAGACUCGUACCAACUCUUGAAGAGGCAUCUUCAGGAGAAACAGAACAAUCAGAUAUGGAACAUAGUUCAGGAGCACCUCUACAUUGACAUCUUUGAUGGGAUGCCGCGUAGUAAGCAACAGAUAGAUGCGAUGGUGGGAAGUUUGGCAGGAGAGGCUAAACGAGAGGCAAACAAAUCAAAGGUAUUUUUUGGCUUAUUAAAAGAGCCAGAAAUUGAGGUGCCUUUGGAUGAUGAGGAUGAAGAAGGAGAAAAUGAAGAAGGAAAACCUAAAAAAAAGAAGCCUAAAAAAGAUAGUAUUGGAUCCAAAAGUAAAAAACAAGAUCCCAAUGCUCCACCUCAAAACAGAAUCCCUCUUCCUGAGUUGAAAGAUUCAGAUAAAUUGGAUAAGAUAAUGAAUAUGAAAGAAACCACAAAACGAGUACGCUUGGGGCCAGAUUGUUUACCUUCCAUUUGUUUCUAUACAUUCCUCAAUGCUUACCAGGGCCUCACUGCAGUGGAUGUCACUGAUGAUUCUAGUUUGAUCGCUGGAGGUUUUGCAGAUUCAACUGUCAGAGUGUGGUCUGUGACACCCAAAAAGCUUCGUAGUGUCAAACAAGCAGCAGAUCUUAGCCUGAUAGAUAAAGAAUCUGAUGAUGUCUUAGAAAGAAUAAUGGAUGAGAAAACAGCAAGUGAGUUGAAGAUCUUGUAUGGUCACAGUGGUCCCGUCUAUGGAGCCAGCUUCAGUCCAGAUAGGAACUACCUGCUGUCCUCUUCAGAGGAUGGAACUGUUAGAUUGUGGAGUCUUCAAACAUUUACUUGCUUGGUGGGAUAUAAAGGACACAACUAUCCAGUGUGGGACACACAGUUUUCUCCAUACGGAUAUUAUUUUGUAUCAGGGGGCCAUGACAGAGUAGCUCGGCUCUGGGCUACAGAUCACUAUCAGCCUUUACGGAUAUUUGCUGGCCAUCUUGCUGAUGUGAAUUGUACCAGAUUCCAUCCAAAUUCUAAUUAUGUUGCUACGGGCUCUGCAGACAGAACUGUGCGGCUCUGGGAUGUCCUGAAUGGGAACUGUGUAAGGAUAUUCACUGGACACAAGGGACCAAUUCAUUCCUUGACAUUUUCUCCCAAUGGGAGAUUCCUGGCUACAGGAGCAACAGAUGGCAGAGUACUGCUUUGGGAUAUUGGACAUGGUUUGAUGGUUGGAGAAUUAAAAGGACACACUGAUACAGUCUGUUCACUUAGAUUUAGUAGAGAUGGUGAAAUUUUGGCAUCAGGUUCAAUGGAUAAUACAGUACGGUUAUGGGAUGCUGUCAAAGCAUUUGAAGAUGUAGAGACUGAUGACUUUACUACAGCCACGGGGCAUAUAAAUUUACCCGAGAAUUCACAGGAGUUAUUGUUGGGAACAUAUAUGACCAAAUCAACACCAGUUGUACACCUCCAUUUUACUCGAAGAAACUUGGUUUUAGCUGCAGGAGCUUACAGUCCUCAAUAAACCAUUGGUAUUAAAAGACCUUUGGAAACUACUGUUUGAAAAAGGGAGACUAAAAGCAAAUACCUCAGUGAUUACUAUUUAAGCUACAAAGAAUGUUUUGUAUGGAUCUGGAAGUAUGCUGCUUAGAAAAUCUGUACAGGACAGUUCCAUGUUUCUAUAGCAACCACAUUUAACUAAUUUCCGUUAGUUGAAUAAGAGGUAUUAUGUUUGUGGAGGGGACAUUCAUGGUGCUUUGGAUUGUGUGGAAACUAUGCAUUUUCUGUUCAAAUGCUAUUUUAAUUUAUUAUGUUAAAAAAAUCAAUUGAUUUCAAUAAUUCGUCCUGCUUCAAGAUUCAAAUUGAGUAAUAUAAUACCAUAUUGAAUUUUAGCUGAAGAAUUCCAUGAGCAUGUACGUUUCUGCUGUAAAAAUGUAGUUACUGUAUGGCACUCAAGUACUAUGUUAUAUGAUCCACUAACAUUUUUGCUUGGCUCAUGAUUAGUGGAAUGUACGUUAACUGGCUAAGAUGAACUACAAUUCCUUUCUGAGAAAUAGAUGAAGUACAACCAUCCACUGACAUCUGAAUUUAUACCUGUUGGACUGAGUGCAUCCAAACACUCUAUAAACCAGGUGAAAUUAACUUCCAUGUUCUACUUCAGCUAAAAUGGCUGCAUACAACCUAGUACACUUGAAGUCAGACAUUUCAGUUGCUUACCUCCAGUACUGAGCCUUGCUUUGGAAAACUAAAAGAUUUAGACCAAGUUACUGCCAGUUUUUUGCCUUUGUUGCAUUUUGUACAGUUUUUAUAUUUUUGAUAUCUUGUAAAUAAAGACAACCAGCUUUUCCAGGUUCAUAA